AUGCGGAGGACAAUUUUGUUAAUUAUUAUUGGAUGCGCGAUAACUAUUAAAGCAGAGACGAAUUUUGAGGAUUCGAGAUGUCGUUGCGUUUGUCCCAGCACCAAAUAUUUUGCUUCAAAUCAAAGCAGCGAAGAGGCUAAUCAUCGAAGGUAUUACACAAAGACGGAUAUUAGCCCGGGGAAAUGCACUCCAUCAGUGGUUGUGCAUCCACAAGUGACGGAGAUUGUAGAUGGAACACAUAUUGAUGCUUUUCUUGCAAAUUGUGAUUGCCGUUACGAAAGUAGAAACACUGUUAUGUUAAAGGUUGUUGUAAUAUUCGUUAUGUGUGUCAUAGCUGUGCUACUUGCGUAUAUGGCAUUUUUGCUAUGCUUGGAUCCAAUGAUCAGGAAGCAGCGCUUUACGGUGCCUUACCGACAACAUAAUGACGAGCUUGAGGAAAAUAUCUUCGCGAGAGCUUCCUCUUCUAACGAGACGCCUGAUACAGCACCAACACAAAUGAGAGCACGAAAUCCAAAUGUGCUUGAGAGAGUCGAAGCCGAACAAAAUCGAUGGAUGCGUAAAGUGGAGGAGCAGCGGAAAUCUGUGUUUGAUGACCAUUCGGAAAUAGGCGGCGUAGCCGAUGGUUGUGCGAGGAUAAGUGGGAUGAUUUCUAGUAGGAAAUUGGCAAGCGAAUUAACAGAAGCAGAGGUCGAUACAUUGACGACCGACGAGCUUCAACAAGCCUGCAUUGCUCUUCUUCAACAUGCAAAGGUACUUGAACGAGACGUGGAUGGUUUCAGAAAUGACGCGCAAAGGCUACGACAAGAAAGGAAUGUUUUGCGAGAAAAGGUUGAUGAGCUAACUGACAGCCUCGAGGUGUCUGAUGCGGAUAGAAAGCGAUUGGUGGACGAACUUGAUGCAGCAAAACUACAAAUGAGUGAAUUUAAAAAGUCCGAAGCAAACCGUGUUUGCGCUAGCCCGUUACCAAAACAAAUCGACACUCACAUACAGCGCUCUACAAUACCAGCCGAACAUAGCACAAAUAAUCGAAAGCGGCAACAAACCGAUGGCCUGGAACGCGUCAGUUCUCCCAGUUCGACCUCCUCGAAUAAAAUUAACGGACGACAAAAAUAUCGUAAGUCUUUGAUGCCACAAUGGGAUGAUCUUGAAAUGGGAAGUUCUUCACCAGUUCCUCCGCCACCCCCACCUCCGCCCCUUCCUUUGUUGCCGCCUCUCAAUGUACCGCCUCCGAUACCUGGAUCUGAUCAGUGGAUAGCACCGCCACCACCGCCACCAGCACUCAAUUUCCAAGAUAACAAUGGUGCUGGCCCACGAACACCACCUCAAUCAGAAAAACCGCCUUGGAUGAUGGCGCCUCCAUUAAACAGUUAUCAACCGAGUUCCUUGACGGGACCAUCACCCUCCGCUCCAUACACGAUGGUGCCACCACAGUUCAGUGGAAUUCAACCAACUGGCGGAGGGAUGUCAAUACCGCCACCUUCUCUUCAAUUUGGGAUGCGACAAAAUCCGAAUAACAUGCAAAGACGGUCAUUUAAUGAGAGCCCACAGCUAGGAAACUCGGCCCAGCGAAGUCAGUCGCGCUUCAAUCAAUCAGGGAAAUUUCAAAUGGAACCAAAGGAUAGGGCGCGUGCGCCUGGUAUACCUUUACUAUGUGGGAAAAUUGUGGGCCCCACGACUUUAACAAGAAAUGAUUCAAUGAUGGUGGCAGAUCGAUUACGUGGAUUGACUACAAAUUUGGAUCAAAAUCUCUUGUGGAAAAACACACAUUAUCACAAGUGUUAUUGUAAACCGUGUGGUGCGAAAAAUUUGGAUUCACCUGCAGAAGUGAUUGCGCAUGCGCUCAGUCAAGGCCAUAUAGAUAAGAUAUAUUCAAUAAAUACGGGAAUUUCUUCGGAAGACUUCGACUACUGGAUGAAAGUGUUAGAGAAAUCGCAGGCAAUAGAAAGUUUCAACUCGUCGUUGGGAAACAACUCUCAUGCUGCCACUGCAAGUCUCGAUUGU